AUGGAACCUUUCUAUCGAGUCCAAUUAGAUGAUGAAGAAUAUUUACUUCUUCGUUCCAUCAUGUAUUCACAUUUUGUUACGAAUGGUGUUAGUAAAGAAGGACAAAAAGUUUUACUUUCUGAGGCAGAAAAAUAUUCUAAAAUAUUAAUGAAAAUGUUACAGGUAUACAUAUUUUUAGGAUGGGUCAAUUUUAACAGUAUAUGUUUAUCUAAAAUUUAUAUGGGUAAAUUAACUGAUUAUAGGUUCCGAACAAAAAACUGGGAAAUAAAGAAAAUUCAAUUUGGCCGGCAAAUUUUGAUUUGGCCCAAGGGUGUGCUUAAAAUCUAG